UCUCUGUUCACAUUAAUUUCUUUGCCCCACGUACAACUCUCUCUCUCUCUCUCUCCCCUUUAAAACCAAGAAAGAUAUUAACUUCUUCCAUUAGACAAAGAACAAAAGAAUCGCAAAUAUGUCAAACCCAUUUCUUUCAUCGCUGUGUUUUCUACUUCUCCACCACAUCAACCCCAAAUCUUGAAUAUAUAGAGACCGAAGAAAAACAUAGAUCAAAGAAGACUCAUAUAUAUCAUCCGAUCUUUCAUCUAUGGGGGCAGCUUCAUCGAGCCUUGCCGGAUCCGAGCCUUUUGAAAGAAAAUUAUGCGGUCUCGAAGACGUGCCAGAGAAUUGUAUAACGGCAAUGUUCAUGUACAUGGAGCCACCGGAGAUAUGCCUACUCGCGAGGGUAAAUAGGUCAUUUCAUAGAGCGUCGAGAUCAGACACGGUAUGGGAACAGAAGCUUCCUCGUAACUACAAGUUCCUGGUCGGAAGAAUCCUUGAAGAUCAACAAGAAGAAGGUCGAAAGGACAAACUUAUCAGCCGCAAGAAAGAGAUCUAUGCAAGGCUUUGCCGACCAAACCUUUUCGACGCCGGCACAAAGGUAGCAUGGCUGGACAAGAGAAGUGGGAAAGUGUGUUUGGCGAUAUCACCAAAGGCAAUGAAGAUAACCGGAUUUGAUGAUCGCCGAUAUUGGGAAGAUAUUGCUUCUGAUGAAUCCAGAUUCGGAUCACUAGCUUAUCUCCGGCAAAUAUGGUGGUUAGAAGCAGUCGGAAACAUCAGAUUCGAAUUUGCACCCGGAAAAUACAGUCUACUUUUCAAGAUACAAUUAGGCAAACCUUUGAGAAAGUGUGGGAGAAAGACAUGUAAUAUAGACCAAGUUCAUGGUUGGGAGAUCAAACCGCUCCGGUUUCAACUGUCUACAUCGGACGGCCAAUGCGCAAUGUCGGAAAGACAUUUGGACGAAUCGGGGAGGUGGUUUUAUCAUCACGUGGGUGACUUCGUUGUAGAUAAUCAGAACUCACCAGUUUGGGUAAAAUUCUCUAUGCUCCAGAUAGAUUGUACACAUACCAAAGGCGGGUUAUGUUUAGAUUGUGUGAUCAUAUGUCCAUUUGAGUAUAGAGGAAAAUAUACAAAUUUCGAUUAAUUUUUUUUGAAAGGUUUUGUUUUGAUAUGUUUAGUUUGUAGGAUAAUUUUUUUUUGUAAAUAUAUAAAAUCUGUAUAUAAUUGGAACUAUGCAAAUUCAUAUUAUUUCUAUGGAGAUGUAAUUCUAGUCGAGAAAUGUCAAGAUAUAUGGUACUAAAUACAAUAUGCUUAUAAUUUUGCUAUUCUAUGGUGACUCAAAU